UAAAACUAUUCGUCAAUCGAAUGGGCCUUAAAGAUUAGUAUUAGUAUAAAUUAUAAAGUAAAAGUAAUAAAAAAAUGUCGAAUCUAAAUUUAUUGUUAAAAAAAGGAAAAUAGAAACUUAAAGGGGAUGAAUGUUAACAUUUGCUAACUUCAGAAAUUGGGCUGAAAUUUCACGGCUAUCAUAUCAAAUUAUCAAUCAACUUCUCAACGCAAUCGAUCGCUCUCUUCCUCCACAGAUGUCGUUACCCGACGAAUUGUGGAGGUGGAUAUUGGAGCUAGGAGUCGAAACGACAUGUUUGAACUACAAAGAUCUUUGUUGCCUAUCCAUGACUUGCAGACGCCUUAACCGUCUAUCAAAAGAAGGCGUUUUGUGGUCAAAGUUAUUGACUUUUGAUUUCCCUACCCAGCCUUCGUCUUCCACCAACUACCCGCCUCCCAAAACGCUUUACCAGAUUAAGUUUGACAAGGAUAAAGUUAAGAGGCUGUUGGCGGAAAAAAGAGCCGUGCUUAGAGUAGAGUCUCAGGUUCACGAACACAAAAGAAAGUUGCAUGAAAUAGAGGGAAAACUGGUGCAGGAAAACGACAAGAUUAAAUCCGCGAUUGUUGAGUUAAAGAAUUUGCUGAAAGUGAGGGAAGCUUCUACGGCUUUGAAGGUGUGGCAGCCUGCAAUUAUUCAUAGUAGGCAAAAACAGAUUGUUGAGCAUUGUAGUGUGCCUGUUGCUUCAAGGAUUAAUGCGUUAGAGAUGGAGAUUAAGCUUUGUAAGCAGCAGAUUUCGGGUUUUCUUAAGGCUAAGAAGGAUGAGACUACUAGACUUGAAGCAACGAAGGAGCGGUUGUCUAGAAUCAAGUAUCGGCCCUUGCAGAGUUUGGAAGGUGGCUCGAAAAGUAUUGUUGUUGAUGAAUCAAUAAAGGAGAAAAAAUUUUCAAAGAAGUUGAAUAGAGUGAAAUAGAAGUGAAGUUGUCCCUUUUCAUUUUACAUGUUGUAUGUUUGUUAUAGCUUAUCACAGCUCAAUAAUAUUGUAGCAGUUUUAAAUUUAUGUAUUUGACCCUUUAGGUUAUACUGUAUACAGGGUUGAACUUCAAGUAUAUGAAUAUUGAAAUUCGCAUA